CUACUGGUGAAAGAAAGAUUAUUAUUUAUUAGUGACUAUUGUUUCUUCUUCUUCUCCCCCAAUAUAUCUCUAAUUAGAAGAAGAGGCUGCUGCUGAGAUGAUGAAUGAACCUCCAAAAUAUGCAUAUCCUUACCCUGCUCAAGGAUAUUAUCAAGGUCCACCAGUAAUGGCACCACCUCCAUAUCAAUACCAAUAUGUUCCUCCUCCGCCUAGGAGGUCCGAGCCCGGUUUCCUUGAAGGAUGUGCAGUCUUGCUGCUUUAUGUUGCUGCUGUCUCAUUGAUGAGUGUUGCUGCGACCCAUCAAUACUCUUCUUCAUCGGCUAAUUAACCUUUUAUUAUUUGUCUAUGUUUGUUUAAUAAAAAUAAUUGUAUGUGUUUAAGAUUCUUAUAUAUAUAUAUAUAUUAUCUCUUCUUUCUUAUCUUGUAUUUACUAUUUAUACUAGAAGCAAAAAUUGUAUUUACUAUUUA